GGAAUGAUUAUUCUUUGGCUCACUGCCAUUAUUCCACAACUCAAGUUUUCACCCUGCUCUCAGUUCCAACAUGUUUGUGAUGGAACAACAGCGGUUCAACAUCUUGUUCUAUUUUCAUCUUUUGGAUUUAUCUCCCUUGGAGCUGGUUUUAUUAGAUCUUGUUCUAUACUAUUUGGUGCCGAUCAAUUGGAAGAAAAAGAGAAUCCCGAGAACCAGAAGCUUAUUGAAAGCUAUUUCAACUGCUACUAUGCUAGCGUAGGGAUAUCAAUUGUUCUUGCAGUUACUGUUGUCACUUAUAUUCAAGAUCGUUAUGGUUGGCAAGUCUGCUUUGGUGUACCCGUAAUCCUCAUGUUUAUUUCUGUCUUGAUGUUCCUGAUCGGUUCUCCCUUUUAUGUCAAAGUGAAAGCUAAAGAAAGCCUGUUCAUAGGAUUGCUUCAAGCAGUUGUAGCAGCUUUUAGGAAAAGAAAUAGCAGUCUUCCAUUGACCGAUUCAUGUGAUGACUGCUAUUAUCGGCCAUGUGAAUCAGAGCUCUUGGCACCAUCAAAUGACUUCAGGAGUUUAAAUAGAGCUUGCAUGAUUCAAGAUCCUCAAAGAGAUCUGAAUCCUGAUGGAUCAGCUUCAAAUCCGUGGAGUCUCUGCAGUGUGGAACACGCAGAAUCAUUGAAGGCUCUUAUCCGAGUACUUCCAAUGUGGUCUACUGGUUUUAUGAUCUUUGUGACUGCCCGUCAAUUCUCAUUUUCCGUACUUCAAACAAAGACCAUGGAUAGACAUAUCUUCCCUCAGUUCGAAGUACCUGCAGCAUCAUUCAGUGUAUUCAUGAUGAUUGCUUUUACAAUCUGGAUUAACAUUUAUGAUAGUGUUUUAGUCUCUUUGCUAUCAAAAUAUACUGGAUGGCCAGGAGGGCCAAGUCCUGUCAUCCGAAUGGGGACUGGCUUAAUAUUCUCCUGUAUGUCUAUGGUAUUUUCAGCAAUAACAGAAAGUGUAAGACGACAAAGGGCAAUAGAGGAAGGGCAUGAGGAGGACCCAAGUGCUAUAGUGAACAUGUCUGCUAUGUGGCUCGUGCCACAGUAUGCAUUACUCGGAGUGGCUGAGGCUGCCCAUGGCGUCGGACAGAUUGAGUUCUUCUACUCUCUAUUUCCCAAAAGCAUGUCCAGCAUCGCGUCAGCUAUGUACACUAUUGCUGCUGCAUCGAGUUUGACUGUGAGUAUUCUGGUGAGUGGUGUGGAUUGGCUUUCAUCAACCGGACGUAAAACGAGCUGGCUUGCCACCAACAUAAAUAGGGGUCACGUAGAUUACUAUUUCUGGCUACUUACUUUUUUGAGUUUGCUCAACUUCCUAUAUUUUCUGGUCGUCUGCCGGUUUUAUGAACCUGGCAAUGGUCAGAUCAGUAGGUUAUCUCACGAGGUAGAAGGGAAAGAAUGUGACUUUAUGCUUUUACCUGAAUCUUGAUGAUUUGUUGUACUGCGUUCUUGAAUAAUACACUACUAAGU